AUGGAAGAAAAAAACUUAUCACUAAAAAGUAGUUUUGUCGAAAAUGAUGAAUCUUUUUUUAAUUAUGAUAUUGUUUUUUUAAAUUUAUUUCCUUCACAAUUAAAAAAUGUAUUAUCAUAUGGAGAAUUUUUUCAAAUUCUUGAUGAUAUCAAUUCAAUAAAAAUGACAAAACCACACUCAUACAUGAUUGUAUUAUUACAAUCAAUUACAUUGUACCUUUUUUUACAGUUAAUGGUAGUCACCAACUAUAUAACAAAGUUAACAUGUACCAUUUUUUUCUCUUUAGUACUAUUACACUUUUUAUAUGUUAUCGUAACAUUUUCUAAAUGCUUAUAUAAAUCAUUCAAAUUCAAAAGAUUUUUAAAUAGACUAAAUAAACAAUUUAAAGAAAGAAAUAUUAGAUUCAAAACAAAAUAUGAAACUGAAAGAAGUAAUAUUUCAUUUUCAUUCAGUUUUGUUGGUAAAGUUUUGUUUUUAUUAAUCCCAUUUUUCCUUCAGCUCGAAUUAAUAUACGAAAGAAACCCAAGCAAAUAUAUUAUUAGCCUAAGCUAUAUAGUUAUUUCAAUAUUUAUAAUUUUUAUUUUAAAUAUUAUUAAAAAUAUAAUUCUAUUUUCAAAACUAAAAAAAAUAUUUUUUGGAAACACCCAAUAUGAUUUAUCUCAAUUAUUUUUUAUAGAAUCAUUAAUAAUCACCUAUAGAGAACCAGUUAAUACCAGCGUAGUCGAUGAAGAAAUUGACUUAAUAACACCCAAUUACAAUGACUCUGCACCACUAUUGGACCAUAAUGUUUAAAUAACAACUAAAAAAAAAUAUUUUAUUAUAAAUAAAUAAAAAAUAUUAUAGUUAU